AAACUAGUCGACGCGCCACUUCAUUCAAUAAAACACCAGGCACCCGGCAGUGUGUACGUGCAUUCUUCGAGAAUACGCAUUUUAACGUCGCUUUAACUGAACAUAAAGAUGCCUACGGAAAUGGAUGUCGAAGGAGGAGAAGUAGAGACCUUUGCCUUCCAGGCAGAGAUCGCUCAGCUCAUGUCACUGAUCAUCAACACUUUCUAUUCGAACAAAGAAAUCUUCCUCAGAGAAUUGAUUUCCAACUCCAGCGAUGCUCUCGACAAGAUACGUUAUGAAUCCUUAACAGACCCAUCCAAACUAGACUCUGGCAAGGAAUUGUACAUCAAGAUCAUUCCCAACAAGAAUGACAACACUCUGACCAUCAUUGAUACUGGUAUUGGUAUGACAAAGGCUGAUUUGGUCAACAAUCUUGGUACAAUUGCUAAAUCUGGCACCAAAGCAUUCAUGGAAGCUCUUCAGGCUGGCGCUGAUAUUUCUAUGAUCGGUCAAUUUGGUGUAGGAUUUUAUUCUGCCUACCUUGUAGCAGAUAAAGUCACUGUUGUAUCCAAGAAUAAUGACGAUGAACAGUACUUGUGGGAAUCCAGCGCCGGUGGAUCAUUCACUGUCAGACAUGACGUUGGGGAGCCUCUGGGUCGUGGAACAAAAAUUAUUCUGCACAUUAAAGAAGAUCAAGCUGAAUAUCUGGAAGAGAGUAAAAUUAGAGAAAUUGUGAAGAAACAUUCCCAAUUCAUAGGUUAUCCAAUCAAGUUAGUUGUACAAAAGGAACGUGAGAAGGAGCUCAGUGAAGACGAGGCCGAGGAACCUGAAGAGAAGACUGAGAAUGACGAAGCUAAACUUGAAAUUAAAGAUGUAGGCGAGGGCUCAGAAACUGAAGAGAAGGAUGAGGAGAAAAAGAAGAAGAAGAAAACUAUUAAAGAAAAAUACACAGAGGAUGAAGAAUUAAACAAGACCAAACCCAUCUGGACCAGAAAUCCGGACGACAUUACUCAGGAGGAGUAUGGUGAAUUCUAUAAAUCAUUGACCAAUGACUGGGAGGACCAUUUGGCUGUGAAACACUUCUCCGUUGAAGGCCAGUUGGAAUUCAGAGCUUUGCUCUUUGUUCCACGACGUAUGCCAUUCGAUCUCUUUGAGAAUAAGAAGAGGAAAAACAACAUCAAACUGUACGUAAGGAGAGUAUUUAUUAUGGAUAACUGUGAAGAAUUAAUUCCAGAGUACUUGAACUUCAUGAAGGGAGUAGUAGACAGUGAAGAUCUUCCCUUGAACAUCUCUCGUGAGAUGCUUCAGCAAAACAAAAUCUUGAAGGUCAUUCGUAAGAAUCUUGUCAAGAAAUGUCUGGAACUGUUCGAAGAACUCACAGAAGAUAAAGCUAAUUAUAACAAAUUCUACGAACAGUUUAGCAAAAAUAUUAAAUUAGGUAUUCACGAGGAUAGUACCAACCGCAGCAAAUUAUCCGAUCUUUUGAGGUAUCACACUUCAGCUUCUGGAGAUGAAGCAUGCUCUCUUAAGGACUAUGUAGGCAGAAUGAAGGAAAACCAGAAGCACAUUUACUUCAUCACCGGAGAAAACAAAGAACAAGUUGCAAAUAGUUCUUUCGUUGAACGUGUGAAGAAACGUGGCUUCGAAGUAGUCUACAUGACUGAGCCCAUCGACGAAUACGUCGUACAGCAACUGAAGGAGUUUGACGGAAAGCAGUUGAUAUCUGUGACCAAAGAAGGAUUGGAACUUCCUGAGGACGAGGCGGAGAAGAAGAAAAGAGAAGAGGACAAGGCCAAGUUUGAGAAUUUGUGCAAAGUAAUGAAGAAUAUUCUUGAUACCAAGGUUGAAAAAGUCGUUGUUUCAAACCGUUUGGUCGACUCUCCUUGUUGUAUUGUUACAUCCCAGUAUGGCUGGACUGCCAACAUGGAGAGAAUUAUGAAAGCUCAAGCUCUCAGAGAUACAUCAACCAUGGGAUAUAUGGCAGCCAAGAAGCAUCUCGAAAUUAAUCCAGAUCAUGCCAUCGUUGAAACUCUCAGACAGAAAGCUGAGGUUGACAAGAGCGACAAAGCAGUAAAGGACUUGGUUAUUUUAUUGUUUGAGACUGCUCUCCUCUCUUCUGGCUUCACGUUGGACGAACCACAAGUUCAUGCUGCAAGAAUUUACAGAAUGAUUAAGUUGGGUCUUGGCAUUGACGAGGAGGAACCUGCACCCGAGGAACAGAAACCAGAGGAUGUUCCUGCUCUCGUAGAAGCUGAAGAUGCAUCCCGAAUGGAAGAAGUAGACUAAACGCAAGAUCUGAAUGACAUGACAAAUUGUCAUUAUAGUCAUUAAAAGACUGUUAUAAAUUACCACGUUUUAUGUGGUAUUGAUAGCCAUCUUCAUUUUCAUUUCCUGUAUCAUAUUGACCUUACUUAAUUUAUCAUACCAAAUUAUGUUUAAAUACCAAAAAUUGUUUGGAAUAAGUUAAACUUACAAUAAAAUAAAGUUUAUUAUACGCUAUAUGUAUGAA